AUGGCGACUGACUCGUUUCCCCAACGCUUACCUACGCUGGAUCGGCUUGGGGUCACUGAUCCUUCCAAUGUCUCCUCAUCCGAGGUAGCCACCGAGUGGCUCAACGCUUUCUCAGCUGCAAUAACUCAAAGUGAUACCGCAGCUGUUGGCGACCCCUUUCUCGAGGAUGGCUUCUGGAAGGACGUGAUCGCACUGACGUGGGAUUUCAGGACAUUCGAAGGAAGGAAGGACAUCAAGAAACUCUUGGAUGCUCGUCUCGUUGCUACGGGUCUUAAGGAACUGCGUCUCCUACAGGAGCCCUUGAAUGAACCUGUUCUGCAAAAAGUUUAUCAUGAUUUAAUUUGGUUGCGGUUUUGCUUUGGUUUUACCACCAAGUAUGGCAAGGGUACUGCAGUCGUUUAUCUCGUUCCCCUUCCAGAUUCAAAGUGGAAGGCGUACACUCUGUUGACCUGUCUGAAUUCGUUGACCAAUUUCCCUCAAAAGGUGUGCAAUCACAUUCCUUCGAGCUUUCUGACUCUGCGGAAGCUCGGUCCCCUCAGAAACAGGGAGGCUGAUAAUGGCAGUUGGGAAGAGAAGCGGCGCCAAGAGACUGAGUUCUCAAACAAUGACCCAACGGUGAUCGUCAUCGGUGCGGGGCACAGUGGCCUGGAGACCGCGGCACGCUUAAAGUACAUUGGUGUAUCCACGCUUGUCAUCGAUAAGAAGCCUCGGGUUGGGGAUAGCUGGAGAGACCGUUACAAGGCUCUUUGUCUGCAUGAUACCAUUUGUUCGUGCCUUUUCUUCUACGGAAAGGGAGUGACCAACAAACUUACAGGGUACAACCAAACGCCUUACCUGAACUUUCCACCAACAUGGCCAGUCUACACCCCAGCUGCAAAAGUACGUGUAGAAAUCAAAGCAAUAGAAGAAGGUAUUUUGAAUUAG